CAACCGCAAACCCAUAUCCCCUGCUUUGAUAAAAGCCAAAGAUAGCUGAGAGAAAUAGGAAGAAAGAUCAGCUUCUCUUUCCACAUCAAAGAAGAAAAUGGCUACUCUCUCCCUCUCUUCUUCUUCUUCUUCCUCCCUUUCCUUCUCCCCUUCUCUUCUCUCCUCUCCACCCCUCAACAGGAAUUUACCAUCAUGGCCAAUGUCGAUUCCAGCAUCACUGCAGCUUCAGCUCCGGUACAUGCCUGUUGGCGUGGAGAAUCCACAUCUAAAAAUAAGACCUAUGGUGGCGGCCGUUAGACGGAAUCCAGAUGUGGUGGGCAUUCCAAACUCAGUGCCUGUCCGUGUUGCAUAUGAACUCCUCCAAGCCGGGCACCGUUACCUUGAUGUCAGGACUGAAGAAGAAUUCAGUAUCGGGCACGCCAUAGGGGCCAUAAACGUUCCAUACAUGUUGAAAUUCGGAAAUGGUGGGAGGAGAAAUGCGAGUAGCAGCAUCUGCUUGACAAAUAAUCCGAAAUUUCUGGAGGAGGUAUCAUCACACUUCAGGAAGCACGAUGAGAUACUUAUUGGAUGCCAAAGUGGAAAGAGGUCACUCAUGGCUGCAACUGAUCUUUUAUCUGCUGGCUUCACUGGCGUCACUGACAUAGCAGGUGGGUUUUCAGCAUGGACACAGACUGGGCUUCCAACAGAGUAGCAACAGUCAUCGCUGUUUACGUGCAGACACAUGACAUGUGCGCUCGUUAGCGUGCCUGUGACCUGUGAAGUUUCAAAGUUUGCAUAGUUAUUAAUCCACCAAUACAUGACGCAGUCUACAGCUGAGAGCUGAUUCCACUGCCAUAACAGAAAUAAUAUAAUCUAGCACAAGGUGAGAGCAUAUCACAAACACCUAUUGGAAAUAAUUUAUGAACAAGAAAUAGAUACUGUAUAAAAAAUCAAACAGCGAAAUGAGAUAUAAGGAUGAUUCAUCAGGCCAGCUAGUUGCUUCUUUUC